AUCUUAUCGUCAAGCUCUGCCAACUGAAACCAUUUUCCCCCAUUACUAUGAAUCUAACUAGAAGAAGAAAAAGCUGAACUAAUUGAAAAAUGGCCUUGUCGACGGCGAAAUUUACUCAAUUGGCACCACAGUUGUUCUCUUCCUUCUCUACUCCUUCUGAUCGACCUCCAUUCUUCUUAUUCCUUCGCCGCACUAUCACCGCCGGCAACACCAGAACCAACAUUCCACGGAAGGAUAAUCAGAAACCCUACAGAGAUUCAAAUUCCAGUUCUAACCCUGUGAAAUCAAAGAAUUCUCACUCAUCUACUUGGCUAAACAAAUGGCCCAAUACAUCUCCUCCACUAAAGCAUUCAUCCAAUUCCAGAACCGUCGAUUCGAAAACGGAAACCAGGUAUUUUGACGAGAACAAUAGAGUAGGGACUACAGCCAUCGAUAGGAUUGUGCUCCGGUUGAGAAACUUAGGAUUAGGUUCUGAUGAUGAAGGAGAAGAUGAAGCGGAGGAAAAUUUGAAGUUGGAUUCUAGUACGAUAAUGCAGUGUAACGGCGAAGAAGAGAAGUUAGGAGAUUUGUUGAAGAGGGAUUGGGUUCGACCGGAUAUGAUAUUGGAAGAGAGUGAUGAUGAGGGAGAUAUAUCGUUGCCAUGGGAACGGAGUGCGGAGGAAGAGGCGAUGGAGGUGCAGAGGGGAGGGAAGAGGACAGUGAAGGCACCGACAUUGGCUGAGCUAACCAUUGAGGAUGAGGAAUUGAGGAGGCUAAGGAGAAUGGGUAUGACUUUGAGAGAAAGGAUUAAUGUACCUAAGGCUGGGGUUACAGGAGCAGUGUUGGAGAAGAUUCAUCAUACAUGGAGGAAGAAUGAGCUGGUAAGGCUUAAGUUUCAUGAGGUUUUGGCUCAUGAUAUGAGAACCGGCCACGAGAUUGUAGAGCGUCGGACAAAAGGGCUUGUGAUAUGGAGGGCGGGGAGCGUUAUGGUAGUGUAUCGAGGAAGUAACUAUGAGGGGCCUUCUUCAAGAUCUCAAUCUGUGAAUGAGGAAGACAAUGCGCUCUUUGUUCCAGAUGUUUCAUCUGACAAAUCUAUUACAAUAGACAACAAAAUCCUUAAUCCAGUCAUUGAAAAUCGUAAUCAAGUUCAUCUUAAUCGUGGACAAAGCAUGACUGAGGAGGAAUCAGAAUUCAAUAGGGUAUUAGAUGGUUUAGGCCCACGUUUUGAGGAUUGGUGGGGUACGGGAGAGCUUCCUGUUGAUGCUGAUUUGCUCCCUCAGAGAAUUCCUGGCUAUAAAACACCUUUCCGACUUCUUCCUACUGGAAUGAGAUCACGCCUAACAAAUGCAGAAAUGACUAAUUUACGGAAAAUUGCUAAAUCACUUCCUUGUCAUUUUGCUCUUGGGAGAAACAGAAAUCAUCAAGGGUUGGCUGCUGCUAUUAUCAAGCUCUGGGAGAAAAGUUUAGUAGUGAAAAUAGCAGUCAAGCGUGGAAUUCAGAACACAAACAACAAGCUGAUGUCAGAGGAGUUAAAGAUGUUAACAGGGGGAGUCCUACUUCUGAGAAACAAAUAUUACAUAAUCUUUUAUCGAGGAAAGGAUUUUGUCCCACCUACUGUUGCGGCUGCUUUAGCUGAAAGGCAAGAGUUGACAAAACAGAUCCAAGAUGUUGAAGAGCAAACACGGGGCGGGCCUGCUGAAGCGGAACCAUUGACCACAAAUGGACAGGCUGUUGCCGGUACUUUAGCUGAAUUUUAUGAGGCUCAGGCUCGGUGGGGAAGAGAAAUAUCUGCUGAAGAACGUGAGAGAAUGUUAAAAGAAGCAGCUAUGGCUAAGACGGCCAGAGUAGUCAAGCGGCUUGAACAUAAAUUUGAGAUUUCCCAAGCCAAGAAGGUUAAAGCAGAGAAAAUUUUGGCUAAGAUUGUGGAAUCCUGGAUUCCUGCUGGUCCUUCUGAUGAUCUAGAAACAAUAACAGAGGAGGAAAGGGUCAUGUUGCGCAGAGUUGGAUUAAGAAUGAAGUCAUACCUUCCACUUGGUAUUCGUGGUGUCUUUGAUGGUGUUAUUGAGAAUAUGCAUCUGCAUUGGAAACACAGAGAACUUGUAAAGUUAAUAUCAAAAGAAAAGGUACUUGCUUUCGUUGAAGAAACAGCUAGACUUUUGGAAUAUGAAAGUGGUGGGAUUUUAGUGGCAAUAGAAAGAGUGCCAAAAGGCUAUGCUCUUAUUUUCUACCGUGGGAAAAACUAUAGGCGGCCUAUCAGCCUCAGGCCAAGGAACCUUCUGACAAAAGCUAAAGCACUAAAACGUAGAGUGGCGCUGCAGCGUUAUGAGGCUCUCAGUCAGCAUAUAGCCGAGCUGGAGACGACGAUAGAGCAAACGAAAAGUGAAAUUGUUGAUUUUGGUAAGGUGGACAUUUAUACUAGCAAUUUGGAGGCAUUUGAUCAGUUCAAUCAUGUCUCAGAAUCCCAAAGUGAAGAUGAAGAUUCAUCUUUGGAGUCUGGUGAUGACGAGGAUGAAGAUCCUGAAUGGGAAAAUGAUGACGAUUCAGAAUACUCCAGUCUUGAGGACAAUGAAACAAGAUAACAACACUUCAUGGUUAAUAAUAUGAGGAAUUGCAUUAUAUCAUGGCCAUAGUCCUAUUGAGCCACAAACAAUCAUCUUUCUGAGGUUUUGGAUCAUAAUUUGAGGUCAAAGAUCCCAAUUACUUGCUUACGGCCAUUGACGGAGCUUUUGGAUCACCGGUCGAUUCAAACUGUGGAAGAGCUUUCACAUCAUACAAUCCGUCCAAGCUCACUUUGUUCCAAUGAAAGAAUGAACUGGCCUGAGUUGUACAUGGAAGAAUUAACUGAAGUGCUUGUUUUCUGGCGCCCACACUUACGAUCCACUUUGGUAGCUGUUUGGACCUUCGGUGAACAUUGUAGUGGGUGUAGAUGUAAUUGCUUUGUGAAUUGUCCUAUCUUCCAGUUUUUGUAAUUACUUUGUUGAAAUUAUAGAGUGAACGUUGUCAAGGAUGAAUCACAUAUCCAAGGGGAAAAAAGAGGAAAACUGAAAGAUAAAAAGAAUUAGUUUUCAGUUUCUAACUUAUAGAUUUUAAGUUUUCUACCGAGUAGAAGUGAGUAUUUAUGAUUCCACAGAACAAUAGGGAAACUUUUAUGUGGUCCCAAAUUUUCGAGA